CAUUGAAUUGAAGUUUCAGAACUAUUGCAUGUUUAAUAAUUAUGGGUGAUAUUAUAUUUCACCCACAUGUGAUUUGAGAAGGAUGCCUGUGUAACUCAUGCCCAAUGUGAAUGAUGAAAGUGUGAUGAAAGUUGUAAAGAAUUGCCCAUUUUGAUGAUCAUUGCAACAAAAAGUCCUUGCCAUUAUAACCUGCCAAUAAAAUGACCAACAGUACAAGCGAGGGGUUUGUUACCGAGCUGUGAUGGCUGGAAGAGGCCGGGGUCGUGCCUCAUUUACCUUUAACAUCGAGGCUCUUGGCCUGGGCAGGGGUGAAGCUCUACUGGAUGUUGUGUAUCAGCCACGGCAGGUAUACCCUCCAACAGAUUACAAACCAUUGCCCUUGAGAACAGGAGAGGAUGAAGAUUAUAUGCUGGCCUUAAAACAUGAGUUAAAAGAAACUAUGCAAUCGUUACCUUACCAUCUGGAUUUUCCGAGUGUGAAGAAAGAUGUAGCAAGAUACAAAGAUCCAGCUCCCGGAUACCAGAAGUUAGCUGUGCUGCAGUGCAGUGCAGUAUACUGGGGAUGA